GGCUUUCAUAUGGGUCUGAUGUGCCAAAUCUCCAAAUGUUUGCACUCAAGGUUUUGAGUCAAACUUGUAGCGCCUCACCAUGUGAGCGUAAUUGGAGUGCCUUUGAUCAUAUACAUUCAAAGAAGAGAAACCGUUUGCUGCAAUCAAAGUUAAAUGAUCUUGUCUACAUCCAGUACAACAAAAAGCUGCAGCAACGGUUCUUUGAGAGAAAGCACAAUGUUGGCAGUAAGAGUUAUGAUUCUAUAUUCUUAAGGGAAGUUGAUGAAAAUGAUGAUUGGGUUGUUCCAGAUGAUGAAGCACUUCAAGACCUUGUCAAUCAAGGUGAUGAUCUGACUUGGGAACAAGUACGAGCAGCACAACAAGCAACUGAGGCACGGACAAACACAAGGAGUCAAAACAGAAGGGGGAAUGUGAAUGCAUCACAGUCUGCGUAUAGACUGCUUGAUAUUGAUAUAGAUGACCCGGAAGUGGAAGAGGAAGAACAAGUGGGGAAUCUGACUACGGAAGAUCUAUUUGGAGAAGAUCUAUUUGGGGACAUGGAGGAUGAAGACGAAAAUCACGACCUUGAACCCAAUGAAGAUUAAUAUCAGACCAACUUAUUAGAUGAUUGACUGUUUUAUCACUUUUGCUUUAUGACAUUUGCUACUCCAUCAUUAGGAUAAUAGGAUUUCUAUCCUUUUAUUCACUUCUAUGCAUUUUAAGACAAUUUAAA